GCUUGAGUUGAAGCUUUUCGGCUGUUAGACGUGAUUUCAAAGGUCUGAAAAAAGAACAGAAAAGACGAGUGACAGACAAAGGAUGACAAGGUCGACGAACCAGGCAGCGAUGGUUGUCUCCCUGGGAAUCAUCCAGCUAUCCGAGAGGUUGGACUUCCUUGGGGCAAAAAGCCUGCAGUUUCACCCUUUGUUUAGCUAUCAGCAAUUGUAAAGGUAAAGAGGUAAAGGACAUCAAACCACUCUCUCCCGCCAACAAAAGACAAAACCAUAACACUCCACCGUUACAUGGGAACUACAAAGCUUACCUUAGCUCUCCUCAAGAACACCAAAAAUCCAAAGCUAGCAUGGCAACUCUUCAAGCGAAUUCAGUCUUUACCCACAGAUUCCUCCUUUCUUCCGUCAGUGCCCACCAUUUCCCGCAUUCUUAUUCGUUCGAAUAUGCUUCAAGAAAUCGACCAUCUUCACCACCUUCUCUUAUCCUCACAACCCCAACUAAAUCCCCUAUCUUCCCUCAUCUCCCUUGUCAAACUCUUAGCUAGAUCAGGUUUCUUUGAUAGAGCAUUUUCCCAAUUUCAAUCUAUCAGAAUAAAAUUCCCUCAAAACCCACCUUCCAUAUGUUUGUAUAAUGUUCUCUUUGAAUGUUGUAUUAAAGAAAGAUGUUCAGAUUAUGUGCUUUGGUUGUAUAAAGAUAUGGUCGGUGCCGGUGUUUCUCCACAGACUUAUACUUUUAAUCUUUUGAUUUGUGGGUUAUGUGAUUUGGGUCAUUUGGACGACGCUAGAGAGUUGUUUGAUAAAAUGUCUGAGAAAGGUUGCGUGCCGAACGAGUUUAGUUUUGGCAUUUUGGUUCGUGGGUAUUGUAGAUUCGGGCUUGCUGAUAAAGGGGUGGAGCUUUUAGAUGACAUGAGAAGAUUUGAGAUUAGGCCAAAUAGAGUUGUGUAUAAUACUUUGAUUUCAAGUUUUUGUAAGGAAGGGAAAACUGAUGAUGCUGAAAAAUUGGUAGAAAGAAUGAGAGAGGAUGGUUUGUUUCCAGAUGUUGUGACAUUCAAUUCUAGGAUAUCGGCUCUUUGCAGGGCAGGUAAAAUUCUUGAAGCAUCAAGGAUUUUUAGGGAUAUGCAAAUGGAUGAAGAGUUGGGGCUACCUCGGCCGAAUGUUAUAACCUAUAAUCUAAUGCUUGAGGGGUUCUGUAAGCAAGGGAUGCUGGAGGAAGCGAAGACCUUGGUUGAGUCUAUGGAGAAAAAAGGUGAUUUGAUGAAUUUAGAGAGUUAUAAUAUUUGGUUGUUGGGGUUGCUAAGGAAUGCCAAGCUAGUAGAGGCUCAAUUAGUUCUUAAAGACAUGAUAUAUAAGGGUGUAGAACCUAAUAUUUACUCAUAUAAUGUCGUGAUGGAUGGACUAUGUAAGAAUGGGAUGCUUUCUGAUGCAAGAAUGGUGAUGGGUUUUAUUAUAAGCAGUGGUCUAUCUCCUGAUACAGUAACUUUUAGCACUUUACUGCACGGGUACUGUUGUAAAGGGAGGUUAUAUGCAGCAAAUAGUAUUCUACAUGAGAUGAUGAGAAAUGGUUGUUUCCCUAAUACUUAUACUUGCAAUAUUUUGCUGCAUAGCCUAUGGAAAGAGGGUAAAAUAUCAGAGGCAGAAGAUUUACUGCAAAAGAUGAAUGAGAAAGGUUAUGGUGUGGAUACUGUGACCUGCAAUAUUGUAAUUGAUGGCUUGUGUAAAAGUGGGAAAUUAGACAAAGCUAUGGAAAUUGGAAAUGAGAUGUGGACACAUGGAAGUGCUGCUCUAGGUAACCUAGGAAACUCAUUUAUUGGCCUAGUUGAUGAUGCUAACAGUAGCAAGCAAUGUAUUCCUGAUUUAGUUACCUAUUCAAUCAUAAUUAGUGCUCUAUGCAAGGCUGGAAGGCUUGAUGAAGCUAAAAAGAAAUUCAAAGAGAUGAUGGGGAAAAACUUGCAACCUGAUUCAGUUAUUUUUGAUAUUUUCAUACAUAUAUUUUGUAAAGAAGGAAAGAUCUCAUCUGCAUUUCGAGUUCUCAAGGACAUGGAGAAAAAAGGAUGCAACAAGAGCCUACAAACUUAUAAUUCACUGAUACUUGGCUUGGGAAGUAAAAAUCAAAUAUUUGAAAUUUAUGGACUUGUGGAUGAGAUGAGAGAAAGAGGGAUUACUCCCAAUGUUUGCACUUACAAUAAUAUCAUUCGGUGUCUUUGCGAAAAUGGAAAAAUGCAAGACACGACUUCUAUCUUGGAUGAAAUGCUGCAAAAGGGUAUAAACCCUAAUAUUUCUUCUUUCAGGAUGUUAAUAGAAGCUUUCUGCAAGGCGUGCGAUUUUGGAGUAGCACAGGAGUUAUUUGAGAUUGCUCUUAGCAUAUGUGGUCACAAGGAAGCCCUUUAUAAAUUAAUGUUCAAUGAGUUACUUGUUGGGGGACAACUGUCAGAAGCUAAAUUGGUCUUUGAAGCUGCAUUAUAUAGAUCUUUUCAUCUGGGUGGCUUCCUUUACAAGGAUCUCAUUGAGAAACUUUGUAAAGACAAGAAGUUAGAGGAAGCUAGUCGUAUUUUACACAAGAUGAUUAACAAAGGAUACAAAUUUGAUCCUGCAACAUUCAUGCCAGUGGUUGAUGAAUUGGGCAAAAGAGGAAACAAGCAUGAGGCUGAUGAGCUUGCAGAGAAGAUGAUGGAGAUGGCUUCAGAUGGUAGGGUGGGGAAUAAGAUUUAUCUAAAUGCAAGGGAACCAAUCCAUAGAAAAGAAAUUAAGUUUGGUGGAGAUGACUGGCAGACAAUAGUGCACAGAGAUGAUGGCAGUGGAAUUGCUUUGAAAGCUCUUAAACGAGUACAGAAAGGCUGGGGUCAGGGAAGUAUAUCACGUUUGCAGCCCCACAAAAACAAGUUUCAUGAUUAUUGGGAAGGAGAUGGUUGAAUUACCAUUGGUCUAAAAAUAGUAAGUCCACGAAUGACUAACCAGAGGUUUAUUUGUCAUUCAUGGGGAUUUGCUAGGCAGUGCACUCAUGCAAAUUCAUUCAUUUUAAUUUCACUGGCUUUGGGAGUCAGGAUUGCACCCGCCUGCAGGCCGAUGAUGUGGGUUGGAUGGCAAUAUGCCAAGCUCAAUGAAGCAUUGUUUUUGGUUCUCGAAAUUAGAAUUCUUUUUGCCAAGCUCCCAUUUGGUAAUUGCAAUCCAUUUGGUAUUUGCAGUACUUCCUGAUGCCCUGAUGCUCUCUUGGAGAGGCUCAACUUUAUUGCCUUGAGAGAAUGUGUUCAUUUCAGAUUCUAGAUUGGGUAACCUCAUACUUAUUCUCCUUCACCAAUGAUAUGCUAAUUUUUGAGGAAGGCUCCGUUUUUUUUUUUUUUGAGAGAGAUUCUAUCAUCUAUUACAUUGGAUAGAGUUUCAUACUACUUUCUCAAUGUUAAUGUGAUGAACGGAUUAGUGCAUCGCAGUAAAAACCCGGAAGUGAACAUGGUAUGUGAUUAGUGCCUAAAACAGGAAUUGAAUGUAACCCAUGUAAGGAUAUUGUCAAUGAGUCAGAAAUCUAAGUGUAAUUUGAGUUUCGUUGA